AUGAAGGCAUUCAAUUUACAGGAACAUAGUGAAAUUCAGAAAAAAUAGAAAGGAUAAGAAUAAUAAUUAAAAGAUGAAUAGAAAAGAAAACAAAUUAUAGAGAGACAAUUACUUGGUAAAGAAUAAGAAUAAGAAGCAUCAAAAUACUAGCCUGACUCUUUAAAAGCUGAUAUUAAUUCAGGUAUUUAAAAAUUAAAACAAAGGCAAUUCAUUACAAAAUUUAAAUCAUGCUGAAGAGGACAUAUAAUAAUAUGAUUAAGCUUAAAAAUUCAAUCCAGAAAAUUUUGAAGAGCUAGCUAAUGAAGGUAAUAGAGUUUUCAUUUUAUGUAUCAUGUAGGCUUAACGUUAUGCAAUUUGAAUCGGUUUGAGGAAGCCAUUUAGUUCUAUAAUAAAGUUUUAACUAUCAAUCCUAAUUAUUGUAGCGCUCUUAAUAAUACAGGUAUUAUAUUUUUACAUUCUAUUUUUAAUUUAGGCUUAGCAUUAUAUAAAUUGAAUCGUUUUGAGGAAGCCAUAAAUUUUUAUGAUAAAGCUUUAAAUGUUAAUCCUAAAGAUUAUAUUGCCCUCAAUAAUAAAGGUAUAUGAAUUUUUUUUUAUAUUUAAUUUAGGUUUAGCAUUAAGUGAGAUAAAUCGUGUUGAAGAAGCCAUAUAGUUUUACGAUUAAGCUUUAAAUAUCAAUCCAAAUGUUUGCGAAAUAUUAAGUAACAAAGGUGAUUAAGUUUUUAUACCUUAUUUAUUUACUUAGGUUUCGCAUUGUUUAAGUUAAUUCGUUUUGAAGAAGCCAUAAAGUUGUAUGAUUUGGUUUUGAAUAUCAAUCCUAAUGAUUGUGAAGUGAUAGUUAACAAAGGUAAAUGAGUUUUUAUUUUAUAUGUAAUUUAGGCUUAGCUUUAAGUGAAAUAAAUCGUGUUGAGGAAGCCAUAUAAUGCUAUGAUAAAGCUUUAAACAUUAAUCCUAAUUAUUGUGGGGCACUUAAUAAAAAAGGUAUCUAUGUUUUUCAUUUUUUAUUUAAUUUAGGUUAUGCAUUAUGUAAAUUGAAUCGUUUUGAGGAAGCCAUUUAGUUUUAUGAUUAGGCUAUAAAAAUUAAUCCUACAUAUUGUAGAGCUCUAAAUAGUAAAGGUUAAUGAGUUUUGCAUAUUAUAUGUAAUUUAGGGCUUGCCUUAAGUGAAAUAAAUCGUGAUGAGGAAGCUAUUUAGUUAUAUGAUUAGAUUUUAAGCAUCAAUCCUAAAAAUUGUGAAGCUCUUAAUAACAAAGGUAGAUGAGCUUUUUAUAUUACAUAUAAUUUAGGCUUAGCAUUAUACUAGUUAAAUCGUGUUGAGGAAGCUAUAUAAUUGUAUGAUGAGAUUUUAAAUAUCAAUCCUAAUGAUUUUGAAGUGAUAAUUAAUAAAGGUAAAUGAAUUUUUAAUUUUAUAUUUAGGCUUAGCCUUAUUUAAGAUGAAUUAAUUUCAGAAAGCCAUUUAAUUAUAUGAUUAGGCUUUGAAUAUCAAUCCCAAUGAUUGUGAAGUGAUAAUUAACAAAGGUAAAUUAGUUUUUAUUUUAUAUACAAUUUAGGCUUAGCGUUAUGUCAGUUAAAUCGUUUUGAGGAAGCCAUUUAAAUCUGUAAUAAAGCUUUAAGCAUCAAUCCGAACAAUAAGGAAGCAUUAACAAUUAAGUUUAUUAUUCAAGAUAUGAUAACGAAAUAAUAGUGA